AUGCUCGACGGCGAGGCAAGCAACACUGAUGCUCUUGGUAUCACAUACGUCGUCAUCGCCAUAGUGUACACCAUCGUUCUAGCACUCGAGCUCACAUUGCUAUAUCGACGGAGAGAUGCGUUUUGCAUACAGAUCAGGAACAUCAAAAUCGUCUUCGCUGCAGUGUCGAUGCUCCAUGUCUACCUAACGCUCGUCUUGCUGGCGUACCCUUGGAAUGGGCUAUACCCGUGCUCAGCCGAGUUCUGGGUCAUGUCCGUCUUCUUGCCGUCCGGGAUGGCUUUUUUCCAGGCCUGCAACGCCCGGGUUCUCACCGCAUAUGAAAGCCAACGUCGAAUGACACGAAACUUUCUGGAAGGCGCUCGUAAGCAGCGAACAUCGUAUACGCCUGCGGGGCUGUGUAGGGCUUGGAGAGAUCUUGAUGCAGCGUCAAAAGUCUACUUCCUUACCCUUGUAGGCCUCAUCCUCUCUUUCGUUCCUGCUAUCAUCCUUUUCUUUGGCUCGCGCCGAUUCCACGCCACCUACGGCUUCUUUGGAACCGUUGCUGGAUUUAUGGAAUGCCGCAAAGGAUUCGAAUGGAUCCCUUCAAUAUUCGUACAGCUUUUCUGGACUGCAGUUGUCGGACCUUGGAUUCUUUGGAAGAUUCGACACAUCCAGGACGUUCACUCGUGGGCGUGGCAGACUCGAUUGGCCAUAAUUGCAGGCUUACCUGGCACCCCUCUGUGGAUUGCAUUCACCUAUUCCAAUAUGCCCGAGAUAGCUCAGAUCAGGAACUACUUUGCACCAGCUGGGUGGUUCAUCCCAUCUCUUAUCGUGUGCCAACAAGUUCUCAUCCUGAUUCCACUCGCCGAUGCCUUCAAGUCAAAACCUCGCCAGAGACCCAUGUCGACAACAACCGAGACUGCGUCACUCACGUCGACGAUUUCAGCAACAUCGCAAAAGUCAGCCCAAGAGCUGUUCCGAGAACUGAAGCCCAAGGCUUCCAUGCACGCCCUCGAACUCAGCAUCGAACAAAACAUCGAGCCCCUCAUCGUUUGGGCAGCAACCAAAGAGUUCACGGCCGAAAACGCCAUCUUCCUACGCGAAGUCCGAAACUGGCGAAAGAAGUGGUCGUCCCUAAAGGUUGUAUCGACUGCCCAGCGCCGCCAAAUGUUCAACGAAGCCACCCUCAUCUACUUCACCCUGAUCAACCCUUUUACUGCCGAAAGUCCCAUCAACAUUGAGUACAAGGUCUUCAAGGUCCUACAGGAUGUCUUCGCUGGUAUGGAAUACGACCCUUACAUGCCACGAAGCGCAACACCUGACGACAUCAAAUCCCCUGUUAUACGCGAAAAUGUCAUCUGCCCCUGGGAAGAAACACUAAGCCGGCCGGCUAGUGUUCAGUCCGACAUCACCACAUCUUCCACGUCGUCAAGCUCAAGUAUUAUCCCCAGCGAGUUCAACGAAGACAUCUUCGACGCCGCGUAUGAGAGUAUCAAGUACCUCAUCUUCACAAACACUUGGCCACGAUACGUCGACGCGGAGAUGUCUAGCAAGGCAUCCUCGCCGUAA